AUGGCUGACACAGACAAAAAUUCACUGGCCUCCUGUUUGGAGCAACAACAGAAGGGAGAAGUGAAGCAGGACCAGUGUGGCCUACACAGCCAAGCAUCAUCUGGGGACUCUGUCACCAUGGAAGAAGCUCAGUCCAAGAAGGUGGGUGACACUAAGGGAGCUCUGUAUGAGUGUCAGCAGGUCUUGGCUCACACCCAUUUCAUGAAGAAGCCGUUGGACCUGAUGCUGCAGAGGAUCAAGGCCAAGGAAGAAAAGGACUUGAAGCUAAGAAGAGAGAAUCUGUAUAACACUGAGUCCUGGAAAAUGGAGGAUUCCCUGCAGAAUUUCACACAACUAUUACUUUUACCAAAACCUUGCCCAGGAGGCUGGAAGACCUUGAACAGAAAAAGCUUGCAUGAAACUAAAGGAGAAGAGAGAAGAUAUCUGAUUGAGAUUCAAGACUUAUUUAACCCAAACCAAGAUACUCAGGAAGAGCCUCAAUUAGUUAUAUUAGAGGGAGCUGCUGGAAUUGGGAAGUCAACACUGGCCAGGCAGGUGAGGAGAGCAUGGGGGGAAGGCCAGCUCUACAGGGAUCGCUUCCAGCAUGUCUUCUACUUCAACUGCAGAGAGCUGGCCCAGUACAAGCAGCUGAGUCUGGCUGAACUCAUAGCCAAAGACCAGGCUGUGUCCUCAGCUCCCAUCAGGCAGAUCCUAUCUCAUCCUGAGAAGCUGCUCUUUAUCCUGGAUAGCAUAGAUGAGCCAGUAUGGCGUUUGAAAGAGAAGAAUCCCGAAUUAUGUCUACAUUGGAGCCAACAACAGCAAGUGCACACACUGCUGGGCAGUUUGCUGGGGAAAUCUGUCCUGCCUGGGGCUUCCUUGUUGCUCACAGCUCGGACCACAGAUCUGAAGAAGCUCGUUCCUUCUUUCAGGCAGCCUUGUUUGGUAGAAGUCCUGGGUUUCUCCAAGUCUGGACGGAAGAAAUAUAUCUACAAAUAUUUUGCAGAGAAAAAACAAGCCUCUACAGUUUUUAGAUUGGUUAAAGCAAACCCAAUGCUGUCAACACUGUGUGUGGUACCCUGGUUGUCCUGGUUGGUCUGCACUUGCCUGAAACAGAUGAUGAAACAGGGAAGAGACCUCUCACUGACCUCACAGACCACCACAACCCUAUUUCUGAAAUACCUUUCCCUCACUUUUCCAGGUCUUGCCCUUGAGACACAUCUCAAAAGGCUCUGCUCACUGGCUGCAGAGGGGAUCUGGAGAAGAAGGACCCUGUUUAGUGAGAUAGAACUUCAGAUCCAAGGGUUAGAUAAUGAUGUCAUUACCACUUUCUUAAAGAUGGGUAUCCUUCAGAAGCAGCCCAGUUCUCUAUGCUACAGCUUUACCCACUUGUGUCUCCAGGAGUUCUUUGCAGCAAUGUCCUGCAUCUUGUGUUUUAAUAAGAUAAGUGGUCAUACAGAAUUCUACAGUAUUGUGCAAACACUGAAGAAACGCUAUGGAAGUCAUGACCUGUUUGAAGCACCCACUAUGCGCUUUCUAUUUGGUCUUUUAAGUGAAAAGGGAAUGAGAAAAUUGCAGAAGAUCUUUGCCUGUAGGUUGUCUUGGGAGACAAGGUUGUACCUGCGAGGGUAUAUCCUGGAGGAAACCCAACACCAUCAAUCAUAUUCUCUGGGUUUACUCCAUUGUCUGUAUGAGAUGCAGGAUAAAGAUUUCGUGGCAGAAGUGAUGAACAAUUUUCAAGAAACAAGGGUGCAUACCCCAGUGGAUUCGGGGCACCCAGUGUUCCAGACAGGAGUGAAGUACAUGGUGGUCCAGACAGAUGUGGACCUCAUGGUGGUCACUUUCUGCAUUAAGUUCUGCCACCAUAUGAAGAGGCUUCAGAUGAAUGCAGGUGGACAGCAGAGAAAAAUCUCGAAGGCGCACAGGAUAGUUCUGUCCAGAUGGACCCCGAUGACUAAUGCCAGUUGGCAGGUUCUCUUCUCCAUGAUUGAAUUCACAGGAAGCCUGAAGGAGCUGGACCUAAGUGGAAACCCACUGAGCAACUCUGCACUGCAGAGUCUUUGUAGGACCCUGAGAUGCCCUGGAUGCCACAUAAAGACAUUGUGGCUUCUCAACUGUGGCCUCACAUCCAGACACUGUGAGGACCUGACCUCAGUGCUCAAGGCCAGCUCCAGCCUGACUGAGCUCGACCUGCAGCUGAAUGACCUGGGGGACCAUGGAGUGAGGCUGCUGUGUGAGGGGUUCAGGAAUCCUGCCUGCAAACUCAGAAUCCUGCUGCUAGACCAGGCCCCUCUCAGUGACCAGGUGAUGAUGGAGCUCAGGGCCCUGGAGGCAGAGAAUCCACAGCUGCUCAUCUCCAGCAUAUGGAAUCCACGUGUGAUGGACCCCACUAAGAAGCUGGAUGGAGAAGAAAUGGGUGAUUACCUGACCUCAUUCAAGCAGCAGAGACUACAGUUGGGACACAAGCACACAGAACCAUUGGGAACUGAAGAUGACUUCUGGGGCCCUACAGGGCCUGUGGUUACUGAGGUGGUUGACAGAGAGAGAAACCUGUACCGAGUUCAGUUUCCUGUGCCUGGUUCCUACCACUGUCCCAACACAGGACUCUGCUUUGUGGUGACAAGGGCAGUGUCCAUCGAUAUUGGAUUCUGUACCUGGACCCAACACCUGGAAAAGACUCCCUUGAAGCACACUCACAUAGUGGCUGGACCUUUGUUUGCCAUCAAAGCUGAGCAGGGAGCUGUGGCUGCUGUGUACCUUCCUCACUUUGUAGCUCUUCCAGAGGAACAAAUGGACAUCUUCUUGUUCCGUGUGGCCCACUUUCAAGAACAUGGGAUCGUCCUAGAAAUUCCAGCCAGGGUGGAGCAGCACUACGCAGUACUGAAAAGCCCAAGCUUCUCCCCAGUGGGAGUUCCAGUGAGAAUGAUCCCUGCUUUUGGACACUUCAUCCCCAUCACUUCCAUCACACUGAUCUACUAUCAUCUCAAUCUCAACGAACUCACCCUUCAUCUCUACCUGAUCCCCAAUGACUGCACCAUCCGGAAGGCUAUUGAUGAAGAAGAAAUGAAGUUUCAGUUUGUUCGAAUAAAUAAGCCACCCCCAGUAGACUCUCUUUACAUCGGCUCACGCUACAUUGUGUCUGCAUCCAAGAAGCUGGAAAUCAUCCCAAAGGAACUGGAGUUGUGCUACAGGAGCCCCGGGGAAUGCCAGCUCUUCUCAGAGAUUCACGUUGGCCACAUGGGUUCAGGGAUUAAGCUGCAAAUCAGAGACAAGAAGAAUAAGAAUCUCAUAUGGGAAGCCUUGUUGAAACCAGGGGACCUCAGACCUGCUCCAUCCAUGAUCGCUGAAGCACUCAAAGAUGCUGCUGCCAGGAUACAUUUUGUGGACAACCAUCGGGAGCAGUUGGUAGCCCGAGUGACAUCAGUGGACCCUCUUUUGGACAGGCUGUAUAAUCUGGUGCUGAGUGAAGAGGAGUAUGAGGCAGUGCGGGCUGAGGCCACCAACCAAGGCAAGAUGCGGAAACUCUUCAGCCUCAGCAGGUCCUGGGACUGGGACAGCAAAGACCAAGUCUACCAAGCUCUGAAGGAAACCCAUCCUCACCUGAUUAUGGACCUCUAUGAGAAGUCAGGAGGUGUCCCUGUAAGAUCCUGA